CACAGGUGGGUGGCACUGGUGGGCACAGGUGGGUGGCACUGCUGGGCACAGGUAGGUGGCACUUCUGGGCACAGGUGUGUGACACUGCAGAGUGGCACAGGUGGGUGCACUGCUGGGCACAGGUGGGUGAUCUGCUGGGCACAGGUGGGCGGAGCUAGUGGGCGCACUGCUGGGCACAGGUGGGCGGAACUUGCGGGUGGCACUGCUGGGCACAGAUCAUCAGGGCACUGAUCAUCAGUGCCCUGAUGAUCGCGUGUCAUUGGACACCGCUGAUCACGUGGUA